AUGGAUAUGUACAAAGAUGAUACCUCCCCAUACUGUUAUUUCCAUCCAAAGGAAGAAUAUGUUGGAGUGUGUCCUCUCUGUUUGAACGAGAGGCUUCUGGUUUUAGCUUCAAAGCAGAGAUCAUCAAGAACCAGACACUCUUCAUCUUCACCAAUCAUUAGCCUCCCUAAGAUCUUCACCUUGAGCUCUCUCCUCAGUCGCCUCGAUCUCCGUCACCACCGGCAAUUCAAUCCCUCUUCCGAUCUUGACGCCUCCACAAGCCAAGAAGAUUCUUUUAUAUCAAUAAAAUUCGAAAAUGAUGGAAACGCGUCGUGGGAGAGGAAAACAGCGUCAAAGGUUUGUGUAGACAACACAAACUCAACAUGUAAGAAAGAGCAAGCCCCUAUCACGAGCACUACGAGUAUCGUAGAGCACAAUAGUGCCAAGCCAUCUCUUAGAUGGCGCAAACGCAUUGGUCAUCUUUUACAGGUCAUCAAGCUCAGAUCAGGACUGCCCAUCUCUUCUUGUCAUGUGGCAUCCUCCAAGGUCGAAGGAACCAAAGUGAGAAAACAAGGUUGGAUGGUUAGGACCUUAACCAGAAGAAAAUCCAGAAAAAGUAAAACUUGA